AAAAUCACAAAGGUGAUUUAAAAUAAGAGAGAUUUGGUGUGAACGUAGCUCUAGUCUUUCAACCCUCCCAUUUUACUGCCGAGUCACUAGCAAAGACUUGCCAUUUUCUCAUAUAUUGCCAAUUUUGAAAGUUGGACUCUCAUUUGAUCCAACACCACACAAUCCACCACCACCACCACCGCCACCGCCGCCGCCACCGUCUUCAUCCAUGGACUCCGCUAGAUCGCCGCCGCCUCCCACCAUCCAGUUCCCGCUGAACCUCGGCCGCGGCGGCGCCGAUCAAGCAGCGGAGAAUGCCAAUGAUAAAGGGAAAGCCGCCGUAGAUGAGAUGGACUUUUUCUCCGAGAAGAAAGAGCGCAGCAGCGGCGGCGGCUGCGGCGGCGCUUGUAGUGAUUUAUACACGACGGAGCCUUCUUCAAUCUCGGAUUUCAACGUCAAUACCGAGCUGCUCCUCCUCACGGCGAACAACGGCGGCGACGGCGGAACGUCUUCCAACUCCGAUCGCAGAUUAAAAAGUGAGGUUGGGGUUCUAAAGAGCAAGCUGGAAAGAAUGAAUUCAGAGAAUGAGCGAUUGAAAGAGAUGCUGAAUCAUGCGAAGAACAAAUACAAUGGCUUGCAAAUGCAUCUGCAGACAAUCAUUCAAGAACAGCAGCACAAAGGAGUUGCGGAUCAAGAAGGUAAGAUAAGCUUCCAUGGAAAUGGGCCUCCGAAUGCCAAUGACAUCUUGUCAUUCGAAGAGGAUGGGCCGACGGCCGGAGGGGAAGGGAAUCAGAGCCCUCAACAGAAGUUUCUUAGCCAUUCUGCUUCUCCGAAUAGUGUCGAUCAGGCUACUGAGGCCACCAUUCGGAAAGCCCGGGUGUCGGUUAGGGCCUGGUGCGAGGGCCCCAUGAUGACUGAUGGGUGUCAGUGGCGUAAAUAUGGGCAGAAGAUAGCGAAGGGGAAUCCGUGCCCUCGUGCAUACUACCGAUGCACGAUGGCAGUGGGAUGCCCCGUCAGGAAACAAGUACAGAGAUGCGCAGAGGACAAGAGCAUCCUUGUAACGACCUACGAGGGCCACCACAACCACCCGUUGCCGCCAACGGCGAUGGCUAUGGCGUCGACAACCUCAUCCGCUGCGAGAAUGCUCCUCUCGGGCUCAAUGCCGAGUGCCGACGGCCUAAUGAACUCGAGUUUCCUAGCUCGAACGCUUCUCCCAUGCUCCUCCAACUUGGCCACCAUCUCCACCUCCGCGCCCUUUCCCACCGUAACAUUAGACCUAACGACAUCCCCGAACCCAUUGCAAUUGCCACAGCCUCCGAUGCCCUUCCCUGCCCCACCGGCCGCGGCCCUGCUGCCGCAGCUCCUAGGCCAGGCGUUGUACAACCAAUCCCAAUUUUCCGGCCUACAAAUGUCUCAAGAAAUGGAUCAAAACAAUCAUCAAUUGCAAAAUUUACACUCAUCAAUGAAUCAAGGGCAGCAUUAUAAUCAGUUCAAUGAGACUUCUUCAAAUUCAAUUCAGCCCAAUGAUCCUAGUUUUGCUGCAGCAUUGGCUGCAGCCAUCACCUCUAUCAUAGGCGGUUCGUCUACGAACAACGGGGGCAACAACAACAAUAAUAAUAACAACAACAACGACAACAACAAUAACAGUAGCAACGAUCUCAAUGGAUCGAGCUUUUAUGUCAAUAGAUGAUGAUGAAAUUGUUAUUUUUCUCGGAGGGUUCUUAUAUUCUUUUUUUCUUUUUUUCCUUUUUUGCAUUUAAGGGUGCAUUCUCUUUGGUAGUACAUUUAUCAUGGAAAAAUGAGGAAUAAACAAAAUUUUACCCUUUAAAUCA